GUGUGUGUGUGUGCCUUUUGUAACAUUUGUGUCAAUGAUUCUGAACACUUUGUUGAUUGUUGUUGGUUAAUAGUUUAGUGCGUUAAGUUGAAAUAUCAACUGUUUAAAUAGUGAGAUAAUGUAUGAAGCCUUAAUAAAAUGUGAACAGUUGUCAGAAAGUGGGAGCUGGAUACAGCUAAGGUUACGCUAAAUUACCCAGUCGUUUUUCUGUGACGAUGCUAUGAGUGUAGCUUCGAGUACUAUUGGAUUCUACGUGUAAGUCAGGAAGAUACUUAAAGUUAUCAGACGACUGCGCUCUGCAUGGUUGUACAUCGUUAAUAUGAUCUGGAUUAUUUCUGCCGGUGCGCUGUCAAUUAUCACAAUUUUCUUCUUGGACCGACUGAUAAGAUCUUUCAGAGUUAGCAACUAUUGGAACAAAUAUGUCAUGAUCACUGGAUGCAGUUCUGGAUUUGGCGAAGCUUUGGCAAGGCAUCUGGAUAAUCUGGGCUUUAACGUAUUUGCUGGAUGUCGCUCAGCGCAAGCGAUGGAAGCAUUAAGCAAGAACAGUUCUGGUCGUCUGGUGCCGAUUCUCAUCGAUGUACGUGAAAACCAAAGUAUUGAGUCUGCUUUGGCAGAAGUGAAGAGGAUACUUCCUGAGGGCAGAGGUCUAUGGGGGCUGGUCAACAACGCAGGCGUCCUUGGCAUCGUUGGGAUCAGUGAAGUGCUGACCAGAGAAGACUUCCACAAGGUGUUUGAGGUCAACCUGUUUGGCUUGAUUGAGACCACACGACACUUCUUACCUCUCGUAAGACAGGCUAGAGGCCGAGUGGUCAACAUGUCCAGCAUAGCGGGCCGCAUUGCUUUCCUCUCUGGCGCUUACGGCACAUCCAAGUUUGGGGUGGAGGCUUACUCUGACCUGUUGAGACGAGAGAUGUACCACAGGGGUGUAAAGGUUUGUGUCUUGGAGCCUGGAGGUUACAAAACUUCUUUUUCAGACUUUAAUAACUUGACUCCCUACUUAGUCCAGUUAUUUGAUGAGAGAGCCACAGAAGAGAUGAAACAGUGCUAUGGAAAUGUCCGUAAAUUGUAUGAUAAACUGAUCGCUUCGCAAGUCCAGUACGUGCCAAAUGAUAUCAGUCCAGUCGUGGAGGCCUACACACAUGCCCUCACUUCGAGCUUCCCCAGGACCAGAUAUUAUGUCGGCAAGGACGCCAAUUUCCUUCGCCUUAUUUCUUGUUUGCCAACAUGUUUAUCUGAUCUCAUAUUGGCCUUACCAAGUAGUUCAGGAACAUGAAACAUUCCAGCAAUAUCCACAGUCUGGACUUUUGUUUCAAUCAGAAAUUAUAUUUGUUAUUCAAACCUUUGCA